AUGGAGGAACCUCCUCCACGAUUCUUGACACAUUUUCCGAGAGAACCACGCCGAUCUGUCAUGGGUUCCCGAAGUUUCAAGGCAGAGGUGGAGAAGACCAAUCCUGGCAGUUUGGUAGACAUUGAAUAUGAGAAAGUUGGGAAGAAGAUGAGGUUCACUAGAAUGUUUGUUGCAUUGAAGUCUUGUGUGGAUGGAUUUCUAAAUGGUUGCAGGCCUUUUCUUGGUGUGGACUCCACUCAUUUGACUGGGAAAUGGAAGGGUCAACUUGCAUCUGCUACUGCUAUUGAUGGGAACAAUUGGAUGUUUCCAGUGUGUCAUGGUGUGUUUGGAUCAGAGACAACUGACAAUUGGGAAUGGUUUUUUAGCAGACUUCAUCAAGCUAUUGGAUCACCUCUAGGGCUAGUGAUAUCAACUGACGCAGGCAAAGGAAUUGAUUCAGCUAUUACUAAAGUCUUCAAAAAUUGGGUUGAGCAUAGAGAGUGCAUGAGACACUUAGUUGCAAACUUCCAAAAGCGAUUUCGGGGUGAAGUCUUUGAGAAGCACUUGUGGCCAGCAUGUAGAGCUUAUCAAAGACACAGGUUUGAAGAGCACUACAAUCUAAUGUAUGAAGCAUGUCCUGAAGCCAUGAAGUGGAUACAUAAUACUCAUAAGCACCUUUGGACACGACACUUGUUCUCUGAAGCAAGCAAGUGUGACUAUGUCACAAAUAACAUUGCUGAAACAUUCAACGGCUGGGUUACAUAUGAGAAAUCCCUUCAUGUAGUUGAUCUUAUGGAUAGGAUAAGACAGAUGGAAAUGGACAAAAUGUUCUUGAGAAGAAAAAUUGCAAGAAAGCUUGAAGGCAAGAUCCUACCUAAAGUCAUGAAGGAACUCAAUACAAGAAGCAGGGGGCUCAAAUAUGUGUGGAGGCGUUGGCAAGUUACUGGUCUACCAUGUACACACACCCUCUGUAUUAUCACCUCAUUUCGAGGUUAUAAUAUAGAAGACUAUGUUCAUGAGUACUAUUAUGUGGCAAAGUUCAAGAAAGCCUAUGAAAAGUCUGUGAAGCCAAUGACAGAUAGGAAACAAUGGCCUAAGAUGGACCCUAGAUUCAAAUUGUGGCCUCCAAUUCUGAAAAGGGCAGCCGGUAGACCAAGGGAGAGAAGGUACAAAUCAGUUGCAGAAGGUGGCACUGGAAAGAGAUCCACAAGAUGCAAAAGGUGCAGACAGCUUGGCCACAUGGAAAAAACAUGCAAUGAAUAUGUUUAUGAAUCUAAUGCACCACCACCUGCCCCUCCAAAGCCAAAAAGAAAGAGAGCCAAGAAAAAUGUCACAGUAGUGCCAUCUAGUAGUGCUACUAAUCCAAUACAGGAACAACCAUCACUUGAUGAACCAUUUGCUACACCACCAAGAACUAUCACUUCUGUUUCUACACCAAGCCCUAUGACAAGAAGUAUGUCAAGGAGGUUGCUGCAGCAAAAUCCAUCUACACCAACUAGAGCUAUCACUCAUGUGCAAACACCUAGCCCUAUGACAAGGAGGUUGCUGGAAUUUGAAGGCUCCAUAGAGCCUGUUGCAUGUGAAGCACUAUCUCCAGUAGCCUUCAUGGAGAAGGGAAAGGCAAAGAAGUUGAAGGUUGUCAGGUCUAAGAAAGAGUAG